UUUGCCGCGAAACAUGAGUCCUUACCUGCUUGCCAUUGUCCUGGUCCUGGUCCUGACCUUGGGCGGCUCUGUCGAGGGAAAUCGAACACCGGCGGAUGUGGGCUCCACGCCCUAUACAAUCUCUCUGCGUCGCAAUGGAGUCCAUGUGUGCGUUGGAGUUUUGAUCACUGCCAAGUGGUCCCUAACAGCUGGACAUUGUGUGAGCGUGGGAGGUGGACAGCAGAGCUAUCCCUCCUCGUAUACCAUUCGAGCUGGAAGCAUUCAGCGUCUGGCUGGUGGUCAGGUGCUACCUCUCUCCAAGAUCGUCAUCCACAACGAUUACUCCAGUUCUGGGUCAGCAGGAGCCAAUGACCUGGCCCUGUUGGAGCUGCAGACGCCGGUUACCCUGAAUGCCAAUACUCAAACCAUUGAUUUGGGCACAGCCAGGCCACCGGUUGGUGCUCAGGUUACCUUCUCGGGCUGGGGUUCCGCCAAACCGGAUGGAGCCUUGAGUCAUGGCCUGCAGGUGGCUACGCGUCAGGUGCUCAGUGCCAGCGAAUGCCAGCAGGAGUUGUUCCUGGAGCAGGAGGAUCUACUCUGCCUGAGCCCCGCCACGGAGGAUGAUCUCUCGGGACUCUGUACCGGCGAUGCUGGUGCCCCCGCAGUUUACGAGAAUCAACUGGUGGGCAUUGCCUCAUUCUUUGUCAGUGGUUGCGGUUCCGAACAGCCCGAUGGCUAUGUGGAUGUGACCGAGCAUCUGGAAUGGAUCAUCAUAAAUUCCGAAUAAAUUAAACCAAAUACGAAGAGAGCCUAGGUUUAAGAUCUGACCUCCGUUUUGUUCUCAGACUAGUUUAGGUGGGGACAUCUUAUGUCUUGGGAUAUUCCAAUUAUUUCAUUUAUUAACACAAUAUAGCCGUGUGAAACAAUGACUCUUAAAAUUCA